AUGUGCGCGCACAGCUUUGUGGAGGAUAUUCUCGCCCUUGUUGUCGACACUGCUGAAGAUGUCGGCGCGCAUUUGAAUCAGCAGUUUCAAGGGCUCGGGGCUAUCUGCCUCGGCUGCGGUGAGAACCAUAUCCAUGCCAGUCAUGGGGUGCCUCAUGUCGAGAAUGCGUCGGGUGUCCUCAGAGUUCCCCUCCACGUGCGACUUCACGCUUUGCAUGUUUUCAGCGCUGCGGGCGCACGCCAGGCCGCAAGGGGUUUCUCUGACAUUCUCAUGAAACAGAUCGGCUCGAGCUCCCAGCAGUAG